AUGACUACGGCAAAACCCAGCACCAUGCAACACCCAAAACACAUGUUAGAGGAACUGUGUGUCAUGAAUGCAGCGAAUGAGAAUUCGUCCCCAGACUCUCGCCUCCGUCUCAGCUCAGUAGCUCUGUGCCUCGCCCUGGCCAACCUGGGCGCCAGGUGCGAGGACGGGCUCGACUUUCCAGAGUACGACGGAGAGGACAGGGUCAUCCACAUCAGCCUCAAGAACUACAAGGCUGCCCUGAAGAAGUACGAAGUCUUGGCGUUGCUUUACCACGAACCCAUUGAGGAUGACAAAGCCUCGCAAAGGCAGUUCGAAAUGGAAGAGCUCAUUCUGGAGUUAGCUGCCCAAGUCCUGGAAGAUAAAGGCGUGGGCUUUGGGUUGGUGGACUCGGAACACGAUGCUGCCGUAGCCAAGAAGCUCGGACUGGAUGAGGAAGACAGUAUCUACGUGUUUAAGGACGAUGAGAUUAUUGAGUAUGACGGAGAGUUCUCGGCCGACACCUUGGUGGAAUUCAUACUUGACGUACUUGAGGACCCUGUAGAGUUUAUCGAUGGAAGCCAUGAACUUGCUGCCUUUGAGAACAUUGACGACGAGCCCAAGCUCAUAGGAUACUUCAAAAAUGAAGAUUCUGAACAUUACAAAGCCUAUGAAGAUGCUGCCGAGGAGUUCCACCCAUACAUCCCAUUCUUUGCCACAUUCGAUCCAAAGGUCGCCAAGAAGCUGACCCUGAAGAUAAAUGAGAUCGACUACUACGAGCCCUUCCAUGACGAGCCCGUCACCAUCCCCAACAAGCCCAACAGCGAAAAGGAGAUCGUGGACUUCAUGCACCAGCACAAGAGGUCAGUGCACACCCGUACGCAGCCAUAUUCUUCUUAUUUCUUACAGGAAGACGACUUGAACGGAAUCCACAUUGUUGCCUUCGCAGAAGAGGAUGACCCCGAUGGUUAUGAAUUCUUGGAGAUCAUCAAGGAGGUCGCAGAGGACAACACCAACAACCCCGACCUCAGCAUCAUCUGGAUUGACCCCGAGGACUUCCCACUGCUGAUCCCCUACUGGGAAGAGAAGUUCGGCAUUGACCUGUCCCGCCCUCAUAUCGGCGUGGUGAAUGUGUCUGAUGCUGAUAGUGUUUGGAUGGACAUGGAUGAUGAAGAGGACCUGCCUACUGUGGACGAACUGGAAGACUGGAUUGAAGAUGUUCUUGACGGUGAUAUCAACACUGAAGAUGAUGACGACGAUGAUGAUGACGAUGACGACGAUGAUGAUGACGACGAUGAUGAUGACGACGAUGAUGAUGACGACGAUGAUGAUGAUGACGAUGAUGACGACGAUGAUGAUGACGACGAUGAUGACGAUGAUGAUGAUGACGAUGACUAAACGGUCAUCGAUAAAGCUGAUAGUGUUUGGAUGGACAUGGAUGAUGAAGAGGACCUGCCUACUGUGGACGAACUGGAAGACUGGAUUGAAGAUGUUCUUGACGGUGAUAUCAACACUGAAGAUGAUGACGACGAUGAUGAUGACGAUGACGACGAUGAUGAUGACGACGAUGAUGAUGACGACGAUGAUGAUGACGACGAUGAUGAUGAUGACGAUGAUGACGACGAUGAUGAUGACGACGAUGAUGACGAUGAUGAUGAUGACGAUGACUAAACGGUCAUCGAUAAAGUCGUUAGCAUCUAACUAGUUUAUAUAUUCAAAUGUCAAAGUCUGACUUUAGUACCAACAUAUUUUUAUAUGAAUUCUUGAUUCUUAAUUUAAAUCUUUAAACCUCUUAACACCGAUCGUCAACACCCUUUAAAAAAACACACA